AUGGCAUACAAUCGCCCAUAUGACGAAGAUGCCCUGCCUAGGUUUGCAGAACCGAAUGAGAAGCCCGGAGCUGCGCCGCCACCUCCUCAACAGCGCUACGAGAACAAACCACCACCGCCUCUUCCUCAAAAUCAAUACUCGUCGCGACCUCCGCAGCAAACUCAAUAUCGUCCUCAGCAACAGCAACAGCCGCCGCAUCCACAGCAACAAAAUCAAGCUCCGCCUCGGCAUCAGCCAUCCCCAGCAUACCAUCAACAGCCCCCAUCCCAGUCUCCUCGCCCGACCUAUCAAAAUGCUCCUCCUCCGGGAAGCUCCUCGCAACGCCCACCAGCUCAGAGUCGCCCGGUGCCUGCUUCACGCCCCCCUGCAUCGCCAGUUGUAGAAUCAACCGAGGGGACGGAUCCCACCUUGCUUCCUCUAUUCAGGGCAGUGGACAAAGCUGGCACUGGGCAGCUCUCUGAGAAGGAGCUUUCUGCCGCUCUCGUAAAUGGUGACUGGACAGCGUUUGAUGUGCAGACUGUACGCAUGAUGAUUCGAAUGUUUGAUUCCGACCGUAACGGCACAAUUGGAUUUGACGAGUUUUGCGGACUGUGGUCCUUCUUGGCAUCCUGGCGAACUCUCUUUGACCGCUUUGACGUUGACAAAAGUGGCAAUAUUUGUCUCAGCGAGUUUACAGAUGCCUUGAUUGCAUUUCGUUACCGCCUAAGUCCGCAGUUUGUCGAGCUCCUCUUUCGCACAUACGACAAGCGAAAUGAAGGCGUAAUGAGUUUCGAUCUCUUUGUACAGGCAUGCAUCUCCCUCAAGCGUAUGACAGAUGUCUUUAAGAAAUACGACGAUGACCGGGAUGGGUUCAUCACUUUAAGCUUCGAGGACUUUUUGAGCGAAAUCCUAAAACAAAUGAAAUAA